AUGAUAGUCUUUUUUAUCUUCUUGUGUGAGUCUCGUUUAACAACCUGCGCUCGGGAUAAAGUUGGAGGGAUACUAGUUAGAAUUAGUUUGAAACCUGUUGGUAGACGAACAAUAUGGCUCGAAUUUGAAAAAGAAGUAGAAUACGAAGGAGUGCCGGCCUACCGGUUCAUAGUACCUCCUGCCGUCUUUGAUCCGAAAAUCCCUGAAAAUGAUGGCUUCUGUAAUCCUACUGACAAGAAGUUCUUUGAAUCACAGAACGAGACCGAUGACUGUUUCCCGGAAGGAUUGCUUGAAAUUAGCAAAUGUCUGCGAAGUCAACCUCCAAUCAUGAUCUCAUUGCCAAACUUCAACUUUGCCCCAGAGGAAGUGCGCCAAUCCGUAAAGGGAUUGAACAGCACCGAUCCCGAGCGGGACAUUAUCCUUGUGGAUAUUGAACCUCGAUUGGGUGCAGUACUUCGUGCUCAUCGUCGUUUUCAAGUGAAUAUUGAAAUGUGGAAAGGA